AUGUCUACUGCCGUCGACAACCACGCCGAUACCCAGGCCGCUACCACUCCCGCCCCCGCGACUACUACUCCGGAGGCCACCAACGGCACUGCUCCCGCCACCGCCCAGUCUACAGAUGCGGCUGCGGUCAGUGCUGAUGAAGGACGUCGGCUGUACAUUGGGAAUCUCGCUUAUGCGACCACUGAGGGGGAGCUCAAGGAGUUCUUCACGAACUACAAGAUUGAGAGCGUCUCCAUCCCUGUGAACCCUCGUACCAACCGCCCGGUUGGCUACGCCUUUGUGGACCUUGCUACCGCGCCAGAGGCUACCGCUGCCAUCCAGGAGCUUUCUGGACAGGAGAUCCUCAAACGUAAGGUCUCCGUCCAGCUGGCUCGUAAGCCUGAGCCUGCCGAGGCUAAGGCAGAAGGUGCUGCCAGUGGAGGUGAGGGUGCCAGCGGUAACGAAGGCCGCAAGAGGAAUGGCGGUCGUACUCGUGGACGUGGCCGCGGCCGCGGCCGUGGAGGUCGUCUUGGACGUGGAGGCCGUUCCGUCCAGCCUCAGAAUGGACAGGCCACUGAGCCUACCAAUGUCCCCGCUCAGGCCGCUCCCCUCGCUGAGCUCACCAACCAAAACGAUGCUGCUGCUGCUAAUACUGAGGCUGGCAAGCAGGCUGGCAAGCCUCGUACUCCUCGCGCUCAGAAGCAGCGCGGUCCCCCCGAGGAUGGCAUUCCCUCCAAAACCAAGGUUAUGGUUGCCAACCUGCCUUACGAUCUCACCGAAGAUAAGCUCAAGGAAAUCUUUGCUGGCUACCAGCCCGUUUCUGCCAAGAUCGCUUUGCGCCCCAUCCCUCGUUUCAUGAUCAAGAAGCUACAGGCCCGCAACGAGCGCCGUAAGGGCCGUGGCUUUGGCUUUGUCACCCUUGGCUCUGAGGAGCUUCAGGACAAGGCUGUCAAGGAAAUGAACGGAAAGGAGAUUGAGGGUCGUGAGAUCGCCGUCAAGGUCGCCAUCGACAGCCCCGGCAAGGAGGACGACGCCGUUGUCGCGGAUGAAAAGCCCCAGGAAGCGGCCACCGAGGCUCCGGAGCAGGAGAACACUGCCCCGGCAACUACUCCUGCUGCCGCUACCGCCUAA